UAGUUAGUGCCAUCUAUUGAUACAAAUGUGUGAUUACAUUGAAUGCAAUACACAUUUAGCAAAACAAUAAUAUUUUACAAUAAUUUGUUUGCCAUUUGUUUGUGUCUAUCAAUAAUCCGAUUGAUUUUGUGACCAACGAUGACGACCGCUGCCCGACCGACCUUUGAACCGGCAAAGGGUGGUUCCGGUAGGGGAGAGAAGAGUCUGAGCGCACUCUCCAAACAGUACUCAUCCCGUGAUUUGCCAUCGCAUCUGAAGAUCAAAUAUCGACAAUCAGGUCAGGGAACCAAUGAAGAGCUCAAAGACAAGGACUUCAGACGAGAACUUGAAGAAAGAGAGCGAAAAGCGUUGAAUGAAAAGGACAACAAAAGAGGUCAAUCGUCUUCGUCCGCAUCUAUUAGUGGAUCCAUUGCCAGCACUUCGUCGGCAGCCAUCAGAUCGUCCAGUGCUUCCAUUUCGUCGGCAACUAAGAAGCCACGACUCGAGGCCAUUACAAAUGCCAAUAUAGACGCUGACGAAGUGCUCGACGACUCCGAUGACAGCGAUUCAGACGAAUCGGAAGACGAUACUCAGGAAUUGUUGGCCGAAUUGAAUCGAAUUAAACGGGAAAGAGCUCAGGAAGAAGCAAAACGUGAUUCCGAACGUAAAGUCAAUGAAGAACGGAUCCGAAUGGAGAACAUCUUGAGUGGCAAUCCAUUACUGAAUUCAACGAAAACAGAGUUCAAAGUCAAGCGCCGUUGGGAUGAGGACGUGGUCUUCAAGAACUGUGCCCGAAGUGAACCCGAAGGCAAAGAGAAGCCAUUUAUUAACGACACACUCAGGUCUGAGUUUCACAAGAAGUUUAUGGAAAAGUAUAUCCAUUAA